GUUAUAGAUGCUAGGCUCCGCUCCAUUUCCAAAAGUUUGAAAUGAAAGUGGAUUGUUGGCGCGCUUCUUUCUGCUUGUUCUUGGAUUGGAUCCAUUGAACUUUUCCCUCUGCGGAUGGCUUCUCCCUCUGAAUCCUCCCUCAUCUCCAAGCUUCAGUCCUCCGAUUCCCCUGGCAUCCACGCCCUAGUCUCCGAUUACCUCCGUCCCCUCUCAGAUCUCAAGCCUACCAAAAAACCCAACCCCGACCAAACCCUAAUUCGCUCACUCGCCAAGCGUUUCCUCUCCUUCCUCAAUGCCUCCUUAUCCCUCCUCCCAAAACGCCUCCCCGAGGUUUCCAAGUCCAACGACUCUGACGCCGUCUUCCUCCUCGAAUUGCUCCGCGUUUACAGGCUCUGCCUCGAUUGUUUGGACGUCGUCGCUUCUCAGUUGGCUUCCAAGCCAUUCUCCGUCGAGUUGCAGCGUCUUCGCCUCAUUCACUGCCUCGAGUCAUGCGGCUUGCUCGAGGAAGCCCAAUCUGAGGGUUUUGGGGUUUUGGAGAAGCUUCGACCCGCCAAGACGAAGGGUAAGCUUCUCCCUGAAAUAGACAAGGGCAGUGGAGACGAUAAAGAAUUGUGCUAUUUGGUCGUUGAUAUUGUUGUGAGCCUCGUGAGGUGUGCAGCCGCGGGCUUGGCUAAAGAGGAUGGCCAUUUCAGGAAGGUGCUUCAGUUGGUGGAGGAAGUAAACCCUUGGCUUAGAAGAUUGGAUUCCAAUUCGUAUGAGAAGUUGCAUAAGAUGUUAGUAACUCAUUUGGGCAAGUGCACUUUAAAUUUAUUGGGGAGGACACCAUUUCUGGAUAGAGACUUUGUGACCUUGUUUUGGUGUACGACAUUAACUGAAUAUGUGAAAUCUCCCAUCAAAGAUCAAGUCUACAAGAUUACCCUCAGGAUAUGCUCAUCAUUGUUUGCACUGAGGGAUAAUAACUCCCUGUAUAUCAUGGAUAUACUGGACUCCAUACUUCGCGAGUGCAAGGUUGAGGAGGGAAACACAGGAAAAGACUUUGUUGAACUUGUAUAUUACUGUGCAAAUAAAUGUCAAACUGCAAAUGCAAGUUUUUGUAGUACAUUUGCAGCAUAUUUGAACAAAAUAGCAGAACAUUUCAAACAGGUUUCGACACCCAUUAAUUCAAUACUGAGGCUUUAUGCUGCUGGAUUGCUCCUUGUUAGUUGUAAUUUGAGAUCCAGAACUGGAGAUGUUGCAUCCUCUGGCUAUGCAAAAUUUGAGUGUUUGCUUGGAACUUUACUUGAAAACGAGAAAAUACUACAGAAUUCACCCCCAUUGCUGGGUUCCUUGCAUAUUUGCAUCAAAAGUAAUUGUAUGUCGUCCAGUGUAGAAGACCAAUGUUUUGCUGGUCCCCCUUGCAUACUAUCAGGUUUCGAUGCCGAGGCCUCUAUGACUUACCUGUCAGUUUACUUAGAGGCAUUGAAAUUUCUAUGCCAACCACUUGCUAAAUCAAUUAAUUCAGAAAGGAAACAGUUAGUUACCGAAGUGGAUGAUGCUUCUGCUAUGACUAUGAUGUCCACUGUCCAAGAUGCAUUCCAUAUCCUUUGUCAUCUUAUUCUUUCUAGUGCAAGCUCCAUGCCUAAAAACAAUGGAGAUGGAUUUGACGAAAAGAGUAAAACAGUGCUUAAUUUAGUUGUAGCAGCCUUCACCCUUUCCAUCAGAACCAAUCUUAAAGUCCAGGAGAGCAAACAAUUAAUUAAUCAGAUCAUUGCUAGCAAAUGGAUUGAAGCUGAAGGAUUAAAAUACAUAAUUGCUUGUCUAUACAAUAUUGCUGUAGUUUUAUACAGAAACAGGCAACUGAAAAAGACUUCAAAGGUGCUAAACUUGUGUUGUAAAGCUUCAUGGCUCUGUAUUAAAUAUCAUUGUGCUAAUCUGUCAGAAGCUGCUUUGAAAGAGUUUGUAAUGGAGGCUUGCACCAGAAGUGCUUUUCUUUUAGAUAUUAUCUAUGAUGUCAACAAUCUAAAGAUAAACAAAAAAAUGAUUGACAUCCUGAAAAACUGGUUCACUGCUAAUUAUUUGUUUGAUAGGCUUCCAGCACCUAUACCUGUAGUAAAGCAGUGGGUAAAGAUAGUAUGUAGACGUGCUACGCAGGUGGAUGAGACAAUUGAUUCUCUUACCUUGUAUAGCCUGCUGUCAUCUUCUACAGAAUUGUCAAAGAGGAAUAAUGCCAUGAUCUUGGAGCAGGAGCUUACUGCAUAUGAGGAAAUGGGUUUUAAAUACCCAGAAUUUUGCCAGAAAAUGCAAAUGAAAAUAACAGACAUUCUCCUGCAAGAUAUAUAUAUCACUCCAGAUAGUCGUUUUCAAAAGGCACAAACUCUAGUGAGAAAGGGAAAGGCAAUUAGGGUUAGGGGCAUAGGUGGUCUCAGGGACUGCAUUCAGUGUCUGUCAGAAGCAAUAACUAUUUUGAAGGAGAUUUCUGGUGAGAUAUGUACUGAUAAUAAUCCCAUUGAUCAUCAAUUGUGUGUGACAUAUUGCUUGCGUGCAAUAUGUACACAGGAAGCUGAAGCUAAUUCAAAGCAAAUCUUUGAAGAUGUCAAGGCUGCUUUGGAUCUAUGGUUGAACAUUUCUCAUCUUAAUCACUUUGAAGAGGGAGAUUGUUCUGCAUUAUCUGACAAUAUAAUGAUUCUACUCUAUAAUGUAGUUGAUUUAUUACAAUUGAAGGGUUUCAUGGAACUGUUCAAUGAUGCAUCUCGAUUGGUGAUUAAAAUGUUUAAAAGGAAGAAUGUCCCAAUUGAGAAGUGGUUGCCCCUAAUGUGGGAAAGUAGAAGUCUAAGUCAUGCCCUUUGUGUUUCGCCUGUAAAUGAGGAAUUCAUCAUGAAUUCAAUGGAUGAGUUUAGUGAACUUUCAAAUAUUGAUUUCUGGAUACGUUAUCUUCAGGGAAAUCAAUCAUCAUUGAUAGGGUUUCAGCAGAAUUUUUCUUUCUUGUUUGCUAGCUCUCAUAAGAAUUCUUGCAGUCACGGGAGCUCUUUUCAAACGGACAUCACAAUUGCUGAAGUUCAAAAAGCAGCACUUGAUCUGAUUUCAAAUGUUCCUGUCCCAAGUCAUUCUACAUUUCUUGCUGGGUGUCUUUUUUAUGAUUUGUGCCCAAGACUUGUUGCAAAUGGACAGUUAAUAGAGGCUCUUUCAUCUGCAAAAGAAGCUCAUAGAUUACAUGCCAAACUCUUCCAAAGGAAGUUUACACAUAGUGUUCAGCAGCAGAAUGAAGAGCAAAAUGUAAUAGCUGAUUCCUCAAAGAAUCUAAUGGAUGGUAUUGAAAAUAUUGGAUUGAACUUAUCAGUUGCCAGGGAAGUUUUGCUAUUUGAUUCUAUAUCAUGGGACUUGGAAGACAAUUAUCUUAGUGCAUGGAAAGUUAUGCAAUGCUAUCUUGAGAGCACUCUUCAGGUAGGAAUCAUCCAUGAAAUGGUUGGAGAUGGAGCUGAGGCUGAAACCUAUUUCAAGUGGGGCAAAGCCAUAUCCUGUUCACUAAACCUCCCUUUCUUUUUAAUUGUUUUUUCUUCCUCUUUAGGAAAACUUUAUGUUAAGAAAAGACUUUGGGAUUUAGCAGAAAAGGAACUACGGAGUGCUGAACAGAUUUUAAAGGAAAGCAACACACUGUUUUGUUGCUCAAAGUGUAAAUUGAAGCUCGAAGUCACUCUGUAUGAGUAUCUUGGAGAUUUGUGUCAAAGUAAAUUUGACACUUGUGAUGGGGUUAUGUCUGAGGAGACUGCAAAAAAUUGGUAUACAUCAGCUCUGGAUAAACUAAAUCUUUCUGAGUGGAAAAAUCCUCUUAGCUGUCCAGAAGUUGGCAGUGAUGGAACUGCAACAGACAUAAAAUGUCCUGCUGGUAAGACUUGUACUUGCUUUAUAAUGAAUGAAGCAGGUGAAAAUGUAAAGAAAUCCAUGAAAGUGGGGCGACAAACUGAGAUUGGGCCAAAACAAAAUAGAAAGACUAAAAUUGCAGCAAAGGUUUUACCAAAGGAACCAAACUUAGUGGUUGAGAACACAUCAAGGUUAACUCGUUCUAGAUAUCGAUCUUUGCAGAACCAAGAUACAAGCAUUCACAGGAAGUUAGAAGUCCAUGAAAGUCUGGAGGGGAAUCAUGUUUCUGAUUCAUCUGAUAUGCUUAGUCAGAAUGGGUCAGUUUUUAGCAACAUAGGUUGCCCUUUUCCUUCAAGGUGUGCAAUAACCUGUGUUUUCUCGAAAAUGAGGUGCUGGUACUGUCUUCCAUCUGAAGUUAUAAGAUCUGGAUUACUAAAUGAUUUUAUUAAUCUUAAAUGGGAGUUUGUCCGGAGGCAACUUUCGAUGAAGCUACUCAGUCGAGUAGUGAAAUGCUUUGCAUAUCCUGGUCAAAUUGAUGAAGCACGUAAAAUUCUUCUAAGAAGUAUAUCAGUUCUGGUCAGCAGAAACCCAUUCUACCCCAUGCCUUCAUCUAUUCCUCUAGAUUAUUUUCAUCAUUUGGUUGCAAGGGAGAUCCCGGGAGAUGUAUUUACUAUUGAACGUGCAGAAAUAGUUCAUGACAUAUGCUGGUAUUCUUUGAAGAGCUAUCAUUCCAAGUUUGCGAGGAACAUUUUCUGUAAUCUGUCUUUCAUCAAGUUUGAAGACCUGUCUUCUUGGCUAAUGGUAGCUUUUGUACUCUCUCGUGAGGUUCCUGUAAUUUUUCAAAAGGUGUCGAAAUUACUUGCUGUGAUGUGUGUAGUUUCUUCCUUGAGUGAGCAAUUUUCUCUGUCAUCUUUUAGCAAAGCUUUGGGUGAAAAUUAUUGGUCUUCAUAUUUCCACCAAGCUUCAAUUGGAACUCAUCUUAAUUAUCAAUUUCUUUCACAUCUAACAGGGAGAUGCAAGGGUUCAUAUGUUACUGGAUCUUCUAGCAUCAAAGAGUGCACAUCUGACUUACUCAGGCUUGUGCCUGAUACCACUGUAGAUCUUGCAGAGUAUGUGAAGAGGUUUUUGGCUGGUCUUCCAUCAACGACUAUAAUCAGUAUAAGUUUGCUUGGACGUGAUUAUACUAGUUUACUACAGGAAUUGUUGUCUUAUCCUACAUGUGUUCAAGCAUGGAUGCUGGUGUCAAGACUGAGCUUUAAGAAUGAACCUGUUGUAAUGUUACUGCCACUUGAUUCUAUUUUACAAGCUUCAGGUGAGGGUGAUCUGAGUACUGGUUCGGACACUUUUCCUAAGUGUGAGGAACAUAGUGAAAAAUGGCGUUGCCCAUGGGGUUUUACAGUUGUUGAUGAUGUGGCCCCAGCAUUCAAAACAAUUUUAGAAGAAAACUACUUGUCAACAAUAUCCCCUCUUGAAGAUACAACACAAAAUAGGAUGUUAUGGUGGAAGCGAAGAAAGAACCUUGAUCACUGUCUUGAUAAAUUACUGAGGAAUCUCGAAGAGUCAUGUUUUGGUUCAUGGAAAUGCUUGCUUCUUGGAGAAUGGUUGAACUGCAAAAAUUUUGACUUGGUGCUUAAGAAUCUUGUGAAUGAUUUAAGAUCUAAAUGCAAAUUGGAUGUAAACGAGGGCCUUCUUAAAAUUAUUCUCGGAGGCUCCAAAUAUGUUUGUGAUGGGAAAACAUUGGUUUCACAACUAUGCUCAAAGAAAGAUUGCUACAUUGCUAAAGUAGGCUAUUGUAAUGAAGCGAGAAGGGGGAUAUUAAAUUCCGCCGAUGGAAUUGGAGUGUCAUCUGAGGUUGCUUUUGAACUGUUAAGUGAGGCAUUAAAUGUGCUGGAAGUGGAUGACUCCAUGUAUAGAGAGCCUAUAAUUCUUGUGUUGGAUUAUGAGGUGCAGAUGCUUCCUUGGGAAAACUUGCCCAUUCUAAGGAACCAGGAGGUUUAUCGCAUGCCUUCCGUGAGCUGUAUUUCUGCCGUUCUUCAUAAAGACAGCAACCAUAAGGAGCAAGUGGGAAGGAAUUUAGGGCCCUUUCCUUUGAUAGAUCCACUGGAUGCUUUUUAUUUAUUAAAUCCAGAUGGGGAUCUUGGUGGCACUCAGAUUGAAUUUGAGAAUUAUUUUAGAGAUCAAAACCUGGAGGGAAAGGCUGGUUUGAGACCCACCAUCAAAGAAUUGGCUUCGGCAUUGGAAAGUCACGACCUUUUCAUAUAUUUUGGGCAUGGAAGUGGAGGGCAGUACAUUCCCAGGCAUGAGAUUCAGAAACUAGACAAAUGUGCUGCUACGCUUCUAAUGGGGUGUAGUAGUGGUUCAUUGACCUUACCUGGUCAAUAUGCGCCGCAAGGUAUUCCCCUGUCAUAUCUGCUGGCUGGUUCUCCAGCCAUUGUCGGCAAUCUGUGGGAAGUGACAGACAAGGAUAUAGAUCGAUUUGGUAAGGCAAUGCUUGAUGCAUGGUUGAAAGAAAGAUCAGAUAUGCCAACAGAAUGCUUGCAAUGCAAUUUAUUGUCUGAAGAAUUUGAGGCCAUGAACUUGAAGGGCUGCAAGGGUAGAGCAAAGAGGAAGGCUCCACGGAAGAAAUUAUUAGAGUUGGCUGAGAGUGAGUCACCCAAGAACUGUGGUCACAGACGCAAAAUUGGAGCUUUCAUGGGUCAGGCACGGGAGGUUUGCACUCUUCCUUUCUUGACAGGAGCAUCUCCAGUAUGUUAUGGUGUUCCUACUGGAAUUUGGAGGAAAACGAAUGUUUAGCUUAACCAACUCAAACCCAACAAGAGUCGCUUCCACAACCACUGUUGGUGUAGAGUGAGGACAAGAACCUUACAAUAGUAACUUAAAAUUUUCUAAAACCGUUCAUUUAAUUUAUUUUUUCUUGCCCCUGCAUAGGGGGCAUGUAAACUGUGACUUCUUCCUCCCCCAAAGGGAGUUUGAGUCUUGCAGCACACCAUGAUUACUAAUUGACCCUAGAAUGGGCUGUCAUUAUUUAAUGAAAUAAUACUUAUGUAAGCUAUCUUGUACGGAUCAAGGCAGUUGGAAUCACGACAGUUCCACGCAAGGGAGACAACCCCUGUCAUUAGAACGGUAUGGGAGAAAAACUGCUCAGUGCGAGCGUUCAAUUUGUAUAUAUGUACGAGGUGAUAAAUUGAUAUUGUAUACUUAUUAAUAUACACAUGAUAUCUCAUCAUUCAAAAUUGUAUACUUCAACGAUUAUUAUCAGUCUUUUGUGGCUGUUACACACCAA